CAUUUUAUUUAUGAUUUGACUUCGGACAAUGAAAGUUUAUUUGAUUUUCAUCACAUUUGGAAACUUGCUGCAUCUGUUCGAUUGCGUUAAGAAAGAUAUAGUAUUUGUUGUAGACAGAUCUGGAAGUUUAACAUCAGAUGACAUAAAUGGAACAAUUGACUUCAUCUAUAAUGUGACGUCAUAUCUCGAUAUUGGCUCCAAUAAUGUUAAGAUAUCCAUCGUGACUUUCAAUGACGAAGUACACACUGAAAUUAAAUUUAACGAUUACUCUACGAAAGAAGAACUAUUGACUGCAAUUGCUAACUUGAAAGGAAUGUCAACAAAUGGCGGGACUUAUACUUAUGACGCAUUAGAUCACGUGCGAAAUAACACAUUAACGUCUGAUGGGGCGCGUGAUGACGCUGAAAAGAUGGUUGUCGUAAUGACUGAUGGGGCGUCCAUUGAUCUCGUAGCAACUAUCGCUAUGGCAGAUAAGUUACGUAACGAUUUGUCUGCUGAAUUGUUUUCGAUUGCAGUUGGAAGUAAACCUGACCAAAUUGAAAUUGACGGAAUUGCUAACGACCCUGACAGUUACUACGUGCAUUCUGUUUCCGAUUUUGUAUAUCUUUGUAACAUGAUUCCGUCUUUAGUUCCAAAGCUGGAUGAAGGUGCUGUAGCCAGCGUUGCUAGUGAUUGUCCAGUAGAACCUGGUGUAACAACAGAAGCUGCUGCAGUUCUAGAAGUGACCGAUAGCUCAUCGAGUAAUUGGGUGUGGAUAUUGGCAGCAAUCCUUGGGGCUAUUCUCAUCAUUCUUCUAUUGAUAUGUUGUAUUUUGUUUUUGAAAAAGAAAAAGAGGAAACCAGAGGAGAAAACUGAGGCAUACAAAAACAUUGAAUUUUCUACCUCCAGACCGGCAGUUCAAGGAAAACCAAUAUCAUAUCGAGAAUCUUCAAUACUGUCAAACAAUGGUUGGACUUCCGGAGUAAAUAAAGAAUUAGUAGAAUCGUCUAUUUAUAAUCUCAACCGAGAAUCAACGGCAUCUUUAAGUUCUGUUAUGUACAAGGAUAUGUUUCAGUUCAAACCAGAAUCCAAACAAAAUCAGUGGGUUGAAAUAUUAUCUGGCGAAAAGGCUUGGAUAUUUGUUGGAAUGAUCUUAAUUUAUAUAGUUUCUUGUCAAGGUCCUAAAGAUGUUGUAUUUGUUCUUGAUAGAUCUGGAAGUUUGGAUGCAUCUGACGUCACCGAUGCUAUUGAAUUCAUCUAUAACGUUACAACAUGGUUGACAAUUGGAGACAACGAUACAUUAAUAUCAUUAGUGACAUUCAGUGAUGAUGUCACAGAAGAAUUCAACCUGGGAAAUUUUCAAAACAAAACUGACUUACUAUCUGCAAUAGAAAGUUUGAGUAACAUGACAUCUUAUGGCGGUACUUUUACUUUUGACGCUUUAGAAUUUGUUUUGACGUCUUCAUUUAACGAAAGUAGCGGCGGAAGGCCUGGUGCUGAAAAAGCUGUUGUUGUUUUAACAGAUGGUGCUUCCUUGAACUAUCUUCAGACUGUAACCAUGGCAGAUCGAACACGGUCGGAACUUGGUGCCGAGAUAUUUUCUAUAGGUAUAGGGUCGACACAAGAUGUUGAUGAACUUAACUCUAUAGCCAGUGAUCCCAAUAGCUACUAUGCAUUAUCAGCACAGGAUUUUGUUUAUCUAUGUAACUUAGUUCCUACUCUGGUUAUAAGACUUGAUAUCACAGUUAAUGCUACCUUAUCUGAGGGAUGUCCUGUGUUUAUACCAACAACACUUCAGACAAAAGCACCACAGAAAACUACUACAUCACCAGCUGCCACAACAACAAAUGAAGAGGAAACAUCGACAAUUGAAACAUCAUCUGUAAUAAAAACAAACACGGUUGAAACAUCUAUCGAUCAACAGAUAACUACUUCGGACGAAACAACACUCACAGAAAUAACUACACGAUUAGAAACUACUAGUGUUGCUGGGCAAACAACACCAACCUUAUAUAAAACCACACCGGUGCAAGUAACAACUACGUCAUUAGAAACUACAAGUUUUGGGCAAAAAACAACAUCCGAAUAUAAUACCACUCCGGUGCAAAUAACAACUACGUCAUUAGAAACUACAAGUUUUGGGCAAAAAACAACAUCCGAAUAUAAUACUAUUCCGGAGCAAAUAAUAACUACGUCAUUAGAAACUACAAGUGCUGGGCAAAAAACAACAUCCGAAUAUAAUACCACUCCGGAGCAAAUAACAACAACGUCUUUAGACACUACAAGUGUUUCAACAACCGCCUUAUAUACUACCACUCUUAGGCAACUAACAACUACUUCAUUAGAAACUGCCACUACUGCCGGGCAAUCAUCAACAAUAACAUCAUAUACUACCGCUAAGGAAAGAACAACUACAACAUCAGAAACCACUUUAGACACAAAAGCUACCGCUUCAGGACAAGACAUAACUACGAAUCAGGCAGUGCAUAUGACGACUUCAUUAACAGCUGGUUUUGCGUCUUUUCAAGCCCCUUCAACAAUCUCAACAGACAUAUCAACAUUUCAUAGUAUAAACAGUUCAGAAAAACCAGAAUCUAUAAGUGACAGUACUAGCAGUUCAUUCAGCACCGGAGCAGCAAUAGGGAUUAUCACAGCAUUUUUGUUUCUUACUCUAUUGCUCUUUCUUUUAUUUUGUUUGCGGAAAAAAAUACGUUCAAGAAAAAAAGCCUCACCAAUGAGUAAAGAAGACUGUAUGAUAAGCCAAUACACCCAAAGCAACCUAGGAGCUCCAAAACCGUUAUCUUACAGGGAGGCAACUUUUACUGGUAAAACUGAUACGAAUGGCCAACUUAAUAGACAGUCUAGCAAUCUAUCUAUGUUUGAUGCUUAUGUAUAAUAUGUCUUAGAUUGAAUUAAAUAAUCAAAUUAAAUUUUUAAUUUGUUGGAAAAUAUAAAGGAUAUCGAAUAAUUUAUGAAU